AUGCUAGACGAAGAUCACGAUACCCCGGACUAUGAUUCCUCUUACGACGAUAAUGUCUACACCUUUGGCUCUGUCGCUGGUCACAAUGUAGUAAUAGCAACAUGUCCACCUGGGCUUACCGGCAAUGUCAAUGCUGGCCGUGUUACUGGAGCCAUGUUCAAGACAUUCUCGAGCCUCAGAAUGGCCAUCUUAGUCGGUAUCGGCGGCGGCGUUCCCGAAAUCACACAUUCGCAAGAUCCCAUGGAAAACCUGCAUCUCGGCGAUGUGGUAGUCGGCUGGCCUGCCGAUGGUGGCGAUGCAUGUGUAGCGUACGACGCUGGCAGGUGGCACACGGAUGGACACUUCGAAGUACUAGGAACGAUCAAUAGGCCAGACAGAGUGCUUCUCAAUGCCCUGGGAAAGCUUAUGCUCGAUCACCAGAUGGGAAAGACCACUUUCCACGAACAUCGAGACAGAUUGGUCAACUCCAAGCAUAGGCGAAAAUUCGCCUUCCCGGGCCUGGAGAAAGACCAGCUCUAUCAAGCAAACUACAAACACAGCGGCGUAUAUGGGGAUGGUUGUAAAGAUUGUGAGCAUUCCAAGGUCGUCAGCCGACCGUUACGAACAGAAGAAGACGUACAGGAAUUCGUCUUCCACCAGGGAAGAAUUGCAACUGGGAACGCAGUAGUUCAGGAUGGCGAAUACCGGGACGAGAUCAGUAGGAGAUGCGGUAAGAGCGUCCUGUGUAUCGAGAUGGAGGCAGCGGGCGUGGACGCAAGCCGAGCAGCUCUGGUUAUUCGAGGUAUAUCGGACUACAGUGACUCCCACAAGGGCGAUGCUUGGCGAUCAUACGCAGCAGGGAACGCCGCAAUCUUUGCACGAGAACUUCUAAGUAAGAUUACGCCUGCUACGGUUCAGAAGAUGGAGAUUCAAGAUAGUAAAGCAGAGCAAGAAAAGGUACUUCGUUGGUUUAUUGACUGUAGCUCUGAAGAUCAACAUCGUGACAUCCGCAAGAAGCAACCUCUGGAAGACACUACAGCCGAGUGGUUUUAUCAAUCCGAUGAAGCUGCCUCAGUGACAUUCCGUAGUUGGCGGGAUCAAGCUCCUGUCUCUACCCAUGAUCGUCUGCUGUGGGCCUACGGACACCCCGCUGCCGGCAAGACUGUUGUUGUCUCGCAGGUAAUCGAGCACCUACGCAAACACUUCUGCUCGCCAUCUCAACCUCAUCCGCGGCGUACUGGAAUCGCGUAUUCGUACAUUAGUAUGCUGAAUAAAUACAGUACAGUCGAAAAAUCCUUCACUCCGGAGCUUCUGAUUCUUUCGCUCACCAGAGCCCUGCUAGAACAGCUCCCCAACGUACCAGCGUCUUCGAAGCAGUUCUUUGAGGCAAACAGAUUACGUAUGUCAAGGCUCCUAGACAGCUCACAAGUUGUUGGCCAUCUGAAAGAUCUGUGCAAGCUGAUGUUCGACGAUGUUUACGUCAUUGUCGACGGACUGGAUGAGAUGGGCGAGAAAGAAAUGCACCGCACGAUCGAGUACUUGAAAGAUCUGCCACCCAACAUCAAGAUCAUGUUUGUCUCAAGGUACAUGGACGCGAUACGAGACGCUAUCGGAACCUCUUUCAGUCUACAUAUCCGAGCGCACGAGCAUGAUGUAAAACUGUACUUCGCCAAGGAAGUGGAAGAGAACAGCACCUUUGCCGCCCUGCUCAAAGAAGCAGAGCGGGCCAAGCCUGGACAGAGAUCUAUCACUGAGAAGGCUCUUGUUCGACAGGCGAUGUUCUCUUUUGCCGCUGCUAAGCUUUGUAUGGAAAUGUUACUGAGGGUCCGUACGCCUUACGAGCUCCAACAGACCGUAGAUGAUCUACCGCCACCGCAUGAGAUGUACCAAAAUAUUUUCAGACGCAUUAAAUCCAGAUGGGAUGGUUCGGACCGCGACUGGACCAAGAAAAUCCUAACCUGGGUGUGCUUCGCAAGAUGGACGCUUUCGCCAUGGCAGCUCCUCUACAUAAUCGGCCUCGACUUCCAACAUCCAAACCUCAAUCACACAAAUCUUCUUGCACCGGAGUCGCUUUUGACAUCCCUGUGUGAUGGGCUAGUCUUAGUGGAUGAAGCGACGCAAAAGGUCUCCAUUUUUCACCUCGAUGUUUUGCAAUUCUUCCAAAGCAACGAACAGACUUACUUUCCUGAUGCACACCACGACAUUGCUGAGAUGUGUGUGGCGCACAUCAAGGCGGCAUCGGCAUUGGGUUUAGGCAUCAAACAGCACCCCCUCCGGGGUUUCACGAUUGAUGCCAUCAGAUAUCUGGGAUAUCACGUCAGGACCUACAUGGCUCACGCUGAGCCUGAUCUAGGACAUCCAGUGCGGAGGUUGACAUCCCAAAGCCUCACAUCUUCUGAAGAUAGCGGCUUUUCGAGAGACUUACAACGAAACACCAUGUCCACCAAGAGUGCGGAUCUUUGCGACAAGCUGGCUUCUUUGCUAAACGAUGAACGAUGCCUUCUUCUGCUAAAUGUAAUCAUGGUACAGCAUCGUCUGCACUCUGAGGAAGAGAUGUUCGCUGGCGACGGUGCUACAAAGCUUCAUGUUGCGGCUGCUAUGGGUUUCUUGGAUACUACACAGCGCUUAGCUGUAGACAGUCAGCUUCUUUCUGUCGAGGACAAUUUCGGAAGAACAGCUCUGAAUGUGGCGAUUGAAUGGAAGCACAGUGAUGUCGCAGAAAGUCUCGUCAAGUUGGGUUCACAAGUCGAAAUUGAGAAGCCCUCUGGACAGACCAUCUUUGCAAUGAUUGUCAGUCAAGGGAACAUCAAACUUGCGCUUGAUCUCCUAAAAGCUGCAGAAACUCCUCACAAACACCGAAAUCCGUUCAGGUCACGAUCACAUACCAACGACCCGGUAUCGUUGCUGUCAGCAACUCUCAAUAAUGACGAGGGUGAGGUGCAGAGAUUAAUCUCCGACGCUGAAUUACGAAGGUCACACGCUGCAGAAACAUCUCUUUUAGUCGCUGCGGAUAGAGGGCAUCAGAAAAUUCUCGAGAUUCUGUUGAAUGGGGAUGUCUCGGUUGACACGAGCGACAUUCAAGACCGCACUGCGUUACACCGCGCCGCUUGUCGCAACGACGUCAAUAUGGUCAAUACUUUGAUCCGCCAUGGUGCCGAUGUCAAUGCGAUAGACAAAGCAGGCUACACUCCUUGGACCAGCAUUCUGUUCCUACCCGAUCACGAUGAGGUCGAAAAGAUCCUGGUUUCUUGCAGCGCCAACGUCAAUGCCUCGGAUUACGCUGGGGUAUCAGUCCUCUACACAGCCGCCUCCGGUGGCCAUGUUGCCGUCGUAAACAAGUUGAUUGAAGCUGGGGUCGAUCCGACUCCGAGAACAGUAUUUGGUUGGACACCACUCGUGAGUAAUUCCUAUCAUCAGUUGUCAGGAGCACUAGAAGCCGACUAA